AUGUGUCAAAAUCUCGUGCCAUUCACCUUAAAUGACGACUGCAAGAGGGUUGAUCGUGUCAGACCAUACACCAUCGCAUCUGCCUUCAAAAGAAGUGGUCGCGCGAUAGUUGAGAAUUGGUCAAAGCAGGUAAGCAAACGGAAAGACGAGAGCAGUUCAGCAGCCCAAGGACAGUCACGCCAUCCCGAGGGCACUCUCCUCCAGCCUCAACUCAAGCAGUUCACUAACAGACGACGACAGCAAGUCCUGCCUCACAUUCUCCCUCACCACCCACCCAAUCCACCCACCCAAGCACCACCUCAAAAGACAUUCCUUCUUCACACCCCACCAGCAGGCAGAAAAUGCAAUGAAAAAAAAAAGAUAAGACAGCCCGUCAGACGUCCAUCGACACCCACCCCAAUCCCACGUCCGAAGAACACCAGGAAAAGGGCUAAGAUCAUCGCCACUCCCUACACAGCAUCACAUCAUGUCUUGCGACAAUCGCAACACCGCCAUCCUCACGGACAGUGCGGGAGUAAAAAGGCCUCACUCUUGGGCAUCGAGGAUCGGCUCAUCGUCCGGGUUGGAGUCUGA